GACAAAAAUUUAAAUUAAAAUCACAAAAAGAAACGAUUGAGCAAAAUGGGGUGUGUGUGCAUAUGUGUUGGUGUGUCUGCAUGACACCAAAUCACUGGAAGAGACUCACAAAACCUCUACCUCAAAAUUUCUCAUUUAAAACAAAGCCAAGUUGGGAGAAAAUAUUCAUAUCAAGUGGCCAUGGGGGUGGAUUGAAUUUCCCUUUUUCUUCCUCUCCUACUCCUUUAUCUAUCUCUCUGCUUCAAAACUUUCUUUUUCAUGCAAGUUUUCACCUUUUAGCCUCUCUUCUCUAUAUUUCUCUGCACACAAUUCAAAUUCCCUUGCCUUUGAGUUUUGAGAUUGGGGACAACAAUUCAAGGACUCAAAUUGCAUGUGGGUUUUCCAGAAUUCUGAUGGAGUUCUAAGUUUUUGAGUCAAGAAGCCAAAGGAAACACUCACUCACUCACUCCCUCCCAUCUCACCCACAAACAAACAAACACUUAUAUAGAGAGGUUUUGCUAUAAGACAUGGCAGCACCUUUUUCUUCAGCAUCUCUCUUUGGAAUCAGAGAAGAGGAUCAGAAUCAGAUGAAGCAGCAGCAUUCCUCAACAACAACACCAUCAUCCUCAUCAACUCCAGCUGCACCACCACCCCAGAAGAAAAGAAGAAACCAACCUGGAACACCAAAUCCAGAUGCUGAGGUGAUAGCACUAUCUCCGAAGACUCUAAUGGCAACAAACAGGUUUAUAUGCGAAGUGUGCAAUAAAGGGUUCCAAAGGGAGCAAAACCUACAGCUCCACAGAAGAGGACACAAUCUGCCUUGGAAGCUGAAGCAGAAGAGUAACAAAGAGCCAAAGAGAAAGGUUUAUCUGUGUCCUGAGCCCACAUGUGUUCAUCACGACCCUUCAAGGGCUCUCGGAGAUCUCACUGGCAUCAAAAAACACUACUCUCGCAAACACGGUGAGAAGAAGUGGAAGUGUGACAAAUGCUCCAAAAAAUAUGCUGUUCAAUCAGAUUGGAAGGCACACUCCAAAACCUGUGGCACCAGAGAGUAUAGAUGUGACUGUGGCACCCUCUUCUCCAGACGUGACAGUUUCAUCACUCACAGAGCCUUUUGUGAUGCAUUGGCACAAGAAAGUGCAAGAGAGCCACCCAAUUUGAGCAGUGCCAUUGGGAACCAACUAUUUGGAAACAGUAACAACAUGUCCUUAGGCUUAUCUCAGAAUUUGGGUUCUCAGAUCCCUUCAAUCCAUGACCAAAACGCCCAACCCAGUGACCUAUUACGUUUUGGUGGUGCACCAAGGACUGGUCCAUUUGACCACAUUCUCCCACCAAACAUGGCCUCACCCUUCAGACACUGCUCACACCAAACCAUGCAACUGCAAAACCCUCCAUUCUUCAUGCCAGAACCAAACCAAAACCAAAACCAGAACUACCAUGAUCACCAACAAGGGUUAAUCUCAAACAAGCCAUUCCAAGGAAUGAUACAACUAUCUGAUCUCAACAACAGCAACACCCCUGCUGCCUCCAACCUCUUCAACCUUCCCUUUCUAUCCAACCGAGGCCACACCCCAAACUUCUCCGAGGAACACCACUUCAACCCUACAGAAGCCUCAAAUUUCUUCACAGAAGGCACCAUAAUCGGCACCGAUCACCAAACAAGCUCCACUGCCCCUUCUCUUUUCAGCACCGCUCUUCAGAACAGCACCAACAUGUCUCACAUGUCAGCAACUGCACUGCUCCAAAAAGCUGCUCAAAUGGGUGCUGCAAGUUCCAGCACCAACAACAGUGCCUCCUCUCUUUUAAGAAGCCUUGCAUCCAAAUCUGAUCACGGGCCACUCAUCGCUGCUGCAAACUACAGCACCAUCUUGAACUCCAGCGUGCAAGACAUGAUCACCCUUCCCGGGUUCGAAGCAUAUGAUCAUGGCAUCUCUAACAAGGAACCAAAACUCAGCGUUGGAGGCUCUGAUAGACUCACCAGGGAUUUUCUAGGAGUUGCACAGCAACAACAACAACAACGUGGAUUUAACUUGAGCUCUUUGGAAGCAGAGACAAACAAUGCGGCGCCGUCAGGUCAAUCUUUCGGAGGUGGAGCAAACUUUCAGUGAACAAGUACGAUAAGGAAUGUGAACUUGAUCCAUUCAAAAAAGUGCAUCUAUUUGGAUCUUCGGGAGCAGCAUAUUUGGAGUUUCUGUAUAGAACGAGCUAGUUUCAAGAUUUUCAAACAGUUGAAAAUUGACUUCUUCCUUACAUCAUCGUACUUUGAAAAAAGCAUAGACAAAUUGGUAUUAGGAUAUUCCAAACAAAACUUGUUUCGAAAUUUUCAUGGUUUAACUUAAUUAGUAGAUUUUUCUAUAUAUUAGACAAUGCUUUUGAUAUGAAUAAUAGUCAUAUAUCUACAUAUAUUAUUUAUAGUUUUAGUAUCAUCUA